AUGGACUCUUUGAGCAGACUGCCUAGGGAAAUCCUCCUCAUGAUGUUCAAAGGCCUUGACAGCAUUGACGAUACCCUUCGCCUUGCUCGCAGUUGCAAGUCGAUGCAUAGUAUCUUCAACGAGUCUCGCCAUCGCAUGAUCAUUUUUAAAUCUAUUAUUUUUACCUCACCUCAGCACAAGUACGAUAUUCAACUCUGCCUCCUUCAAGGCGUCUUCCAAAACCUCCCAUCCAAGCCCAGCUCCACUCCGAAGUCGUUGAAAAGACUCAAACCACAAUCUUGGGCCUCAGUACUCAAAGGUCUAUCCGAAAGAAAUGAUUUUACUGAUUCGAUGGUCUGGGAGAUUGUUUGUCGCUGGCAUGCUAUGAAGCUACUUUUUGACCUUUACUGUGAUCCGCUCAUAAGAGAAUCCUUUAUGCGUUCUGCUAUUCUUGACGAGUCCGACGGAAUCCAGAAUACCUUGAUGAGUGAAGAACUUAUUCCCAAUCCGUCCAUCUCUUGCUCGAAGAUGAACCAGAUCAAAUCGACGCGAACUCAGAAGGCCUACAAGCGGUUUUAUCAAGCCCUCACCGCUCACUGGGUGUCAACAGAGACGUUUUGCAUCGCCAGGGGAGCAGACUAUGAAACCUCGAAGGAACAUAUAGAGUGCUUCGACUAUGUAUGGGAUGUCCGAGUUGAUAACCCAGGCAGAGCCCUGGAAGAAAAGUUGGAUAUUUUGGAAGUGGUUGAUUUUGUUUGGGGCUUUCUUGGUCGCAAGAUCUUUCCAGGAGAAAAUACUAUUUCUGAUUGGGUUGACCAAGACUACUUGGAGCUAUCGGAGCCAGCCAGUCCGGAGUUGAACUGGCUCUACUUCCUGUUGCAAACCACCCAAUAUCUGCGACCACCGCAUACUCUGGAACUUUUAUCGCUUGUCACCUGGGUCCAGCCGGAGGCUUGCGUUAUUGGGGACAAGUCGAAGUAUCUGAGUGAUCUGGGAUUUUCCUCGCGUGUCUCAGAGAUGAGGACGUGGUGA